AAUUUGAUAAUCUGAUGCAUUUCUAUGCUCUUUGUCUUUACUAGUAAGACAAUUCAACGCCGCCCGGGAAGAACGGCGAGGGCGCGCCUGUAGAAUGACCGUCUUAUACUGGUGUGCACUUUUGCUUUACCAGUAAGGACAAAGGGCAUACUACUGCCUGCACUCAAAGCUUUCAACAGGUGGACACAAAAACCAAGAAUGGUUAAGUAAAAAGCACUUACAAAUAUAGAACACCCACCCACCUACCCACACACACACACACACACACACAUACAGUAUAUAUAAACACUGAAGCUAUUUCCAGCCAUCCCUGUACGAGACGGCUAAAUGCGUAGCUGGCUUGGGUUACAUGAAAAAGCACAUGGCACUGUUGCCAAGUUUCAUGUCCUCACAACAGCUGGGACACACACAAAACAUUUGAGAAGAGGACACAAGCGGACGGGCAAAACGCAACAAGAUGGUGAUGCUCGAUGUGUUGAUAAUUGGAGGCGGGCCUCACGCCUUGACCCUGGCCAGCACGCUGUCAACGUUCCUACGCCACACCGAACUCAGCACAGGAGCCACGCCGUCCCGCGUCCUGCACACUGGAACGCCAAGACUUGAGCUCAACCCCGAAAUCCAUACCAUGCAACGCAAAGAGGAAGAGCCGACGCAAGAGAAACACCUCGCCAAGUCCACAGUAGCAGAAGGCCUCAUUCGGCCGCCGGUCGUCAGUCUCCAAGUGGUUGACACGUAUGGAGAGUGGACUUGCUUGUGGAAGAGUCAAUUCGCAGCCCUGAACAUCCGGCACCUGCGCUCGCACACGCUAGUGCACACGGACCCGGGCGACAAGAAAGCGCUGCAGGAGUUUGCGUUCAAGCGCAAUCGCUCGGCCGAGCUUCACGGCCUCCCGGACCAGGCGCGCAUUCUGGAUGGCAACGCUUUCUUCAACGACACGCGGCUGGGCAAGAAAGAGAGAAAACGUCUGAACGUCUCAUCCAACCUCAAGAAGAGUUUGUCCUUCAGCCUGCCAUCGACUAAACUCAGUUUGGAUUUCUUCAAAGAUCAGGUGGCGAGAUAUAACUUGGACAAGGUGCUUGUGAAAGGAACCGUUAGUCGCAUCACGGCGGUGCAAAUGGGCCAAGAGGAUAGUGCAAUAGAUGAAGAGGUUUUAAGAAGAAGUGACAAACAAGGAGGUUGGAUGAGGAAGAAAAGAGUGAAACAUUUCCAAGUCCAACUCGAAGGUGGCGUCGUGCUGGAAGCACGCCAGGUUGUUAUGGCAACAGGGCCCACCCGGGCCCAAAUGGCAAACAUCCCACAGUGGGUGACUAAUAUCCAAGAGAGCUUUCCAGAAGGGCGCCUGCAGCACACUGUGCACCUCAUGCACUGUCAGCAAAACCUUGAAGACACUGAUGAUGUCACAGAGGGCUCAUGUGUGGUGUGUGAGCCAGGCCACAGAGUAAUGGUAGUUGGUGGAGGUCUGACCAGCGCUCAUGUCGUCUCCAUCGCACUGCAGCAAGGUGCCAGUCACGUGACGUGGGUCAUGAGAAAGCACCUCCAGUUGAAACAGUUUGAUGUGGGCGAUGUGGAGAGCCUGGUGGGUCGCUAUUCGCACGUGGAGCAUGGCAUCAAGAUGGAUGGCCAAGCCUUCCUGAGACAGUUCUUCAAUGAAAGGAGUCUCCACAAGCGACUGGCAAUGAUUCGCCAGGCGAGGAAAGGAGGUGCCAUCACCCCGGAGGCCUACAUCCAAUUACAGCCAUUUAUUUCGAAAGGACAGGUGGAUGUGAAGACAUACUGUCAGGUGACCGAGGCCAGCUGGUGCUACAGGAAUCAGGCCUGGAGGCUAUCCCUCAGCAAUGGAGAACACUGGACAGGAGAUACGAUUUGGUUGGCCACUGGAUGUAAACUUGAUGUCAAGCAGGACCCUUUGCUUUCUGAAGUGAUGAAGGAAUUCCCGAUUCAAGUGCUGGAUGGCUGGCCAUGCAUAUCAGAGAGUUUACACUGGGCAGAAGGAUGUCCUCUUUACUUGAUGGGGCAGUACACCGCUCUUCAGAUCGGACCUCAUGCAGUAAACCUGGCAGGUGGACAAGCAGCGAGUGCGAGAAUUGCCAAGCACAUCCUGCGCCAUCGCAACGGCAUGGAGGCGACUGAGCUGAGUGCAAGGAGAUCUAAAACUGAAGAAUAUAUUCAGCAAAUGCAAGGACUUUUAUGGCUCUAACGACAACAUUUCCCAUCUCAUUCUUCAUGUGCUUAGUGACAAUAAAAAGCAUUCUAAAAUGUGUACGAGCACGUCGGUGACCUUUCGUAUGCCUGCAAUGGGAUUAGUUAUUACUCAAUGCUCUUUUCAUGGUAACAUUAGUCACCCUUACAUUACUGAUGUACCACAAUAUACAACAUAUUUUUCCUUUUAUGUAUGGUCUGUUGAUGAAUGCUUUUUUUUUAACCUUUACAUACUU